UUCACGUAAGUACCCGAUUCGAUCACCUGCCGGAGACAAUGACGUAACAAUCAAUGACCGUUAGAAGGAAUGAGCUCCGUUCAUUUGGAAACGUUCAAAAAAUUUUGAGCUGAGCUGCAUGGUGUAAACAAUGAAAAACUCGGAGCACCUGUCACCCAUUGCUUCUGUUACAGUGUCUGGUGUACUGAAGAAUGCUGAAACAAUUAUCGAAGAUAUAGAAGAGGAGAAGAAGAUGGCAUUGUUUAUUGUUGUGGUGAUGAUAGGGGUGAUUUUUGCGGUGCUAGGGGCUGGAAUGACUAUUUUCUGGGUUUAUAGACGAACAAACUCCAGUUCCUAUCGCUGGUACCGACAGGGUGACCAACAGAGACUCCAGGCUACGUUGAGAAGUAGUGGAAACGUCAAGCAAAGCAAAGCUUGACCAGGAUGUGACCAAGUUCUCUGUUGUGUUUCGUAUAGCUGUUAUUAGUUGUACAUGAAUAGGUGGAUGUUGAUGAUUGAAAUUUUUAAAUACAAUUUUAUGAAUUACAAACCACGAAAUUCUCUUUUUAUUGAAGAGAAAAAUAUUUGUGAAAUAGGUACAGAUAUAUUUAGAUGUAAAUAAUUAAAAGGUAUUUUAAAAUGUAUAAUAGUGAAGAAUCUAUCAUGAAAAACAAUUCCUAGAAUUCUA